ACUCGUUCUCCGGGCCUUAUCUCUUUGUGUAUUUUUUUUCUUUUGCUUCUCUUGUUUUUGGUCACUUUUUUCUUCUUUUCCCCCCUGCCGCCCAAUCCACGCACCAACGUUCAAGUCACUUUCUUAGUUUGCCCCUCGUCGCCCCGCUGACAGUUAGGUCGCCUGGGACUUACACAUACGGCUUGACGGUACAUCUCCUAAUCUGAGAGUAUUGUGUCGUACCAGGGUUUGCAUGCAAGCAAUCCCGCGGUAACUUCCAGGAUCCGUAAACCUUUUGGAAGGGGUUUCUUGGUUUUUGGAUUGAAAUUUUUGGGGGGUUGCGGGAGCAAACAGGGGAGAGAAAAGAAACCCAUCAUAACAAAGAGACAGGGAACACCCAAGGAGCCGAACCAAGGGAUUGGUAAAAAAAAAAGGUACUGACCGCCAAAAACGUAUGGGAAAAGCCAACACCCCCUGAAUAUACAACGUCCAGAGGAUCAAGGGAAACAGAAAGCCAGCACUUCUAUAGAAUAUCUCGGAGCUUCACCCGGAGGAACAACAAACUCAUCAAGAGGGACGGCAGGAAAAGAAAGUAAACAACCAUUUAUCACCAGAACAUUGGUACCUUUUGCCCGCCAAAGAGUCAAGACAAGUGGAUCCCGUCAGCCAACAUACAGCUACGAAGUGCAUCGUCGACUCCUUCACGGACCGGGACCGGACCAGAUGUGUUGACAUGGACAACUCGUCGACCCCCCUCGCCGACUACUUCUGGAUCGCCGGCAUUGAGAACAUCUCGUACGGCGACUCCUCGCUGCCCUCCCCGAAUUUCGACCAGACGAUAACCGAAGACGGCGAGGGCGAGUCGGCCAGCAAAGAAAAAGAUGCCCGAUCUACUCCUACCGCCUCUGCCAGGCACUCGCGCCACAACUCGGCUAGCCGUUUUUCUAAAGUCUCACAGGACGGCACUUUCCACCUGAACUUUAGCCAUCUCGAGGAUGACGGCAACACACUAAGUAACCGAAGCAGCGCGACUAUCCGUCUCGUCCCUCCUGUUAAUUCGUCUGCCAGUCAGAAUGGCAACCCCAAUGGCGUUCCCGAGUUCGACUUUGACAAAGCACUGCUCAAGUUCGCCUCGGAGCGCGAGUUUCUUCCUGGACGAUCUGACGUUUAGUGCCGGUGCCAAGUUGCAGACGCGUCCGCCCAUGGUCAACCCACGAACCGAGAGGAUCAAGGCCGAUGAGGCUGAGAGUGGGAGGAAGAGUCCGCUCAAGAGCAUCAAAGGAAGCAUUCGCCGCAAAAUUAGUUUUAGGGACAUGAAUAGCAUGCGGAGGCAGCCCACUGCCCCCAGGCCAGCAUCGACCCGCCAAACAGCUGCCUCGAUACGGACUGCGAAGCGACUGAGCAACUACAACUCGGUCAUACCUCCUCCGGAACCGCUCAACACCGACCCAAACAUGCACCCAUUAAAACGACGAUUUGAGCCGACAUUACUCGACAGAUACCCUCCGAGAGAUGCUUCGGACGAACUGGCACGUAGGGGUCGGUUCCCCGACUACGUGCCAAUGUUUGCCUUUCCGAACGACAUACAAAUCGUGUCAUCGGAUGACAGGCCGCGAUCUACCUGGCACGGAUUCACCAUGACAUCCGAGGACGGUAGCAAAAUAUACGGUGUGGCCGUUACGGUAUGGACCGCUCUCAAAGCCGAUGUGGCCGAGGAGAUCGAGCAGAAGUGCGAACAAUGGCGUCAAAGCCACAUGUCCAACGAGGAACGGGAACUGGCUGCAAGCCUGGGGGUGAGGCUUGCUGCAGAAAGGGCAAACCUUUCCCAGCUGCUUGCCCAGCUUCCCCUGGUGGCCUCGGGCUCUGUGGCUAGAGAAAGUCUAGACGACCAGAUCAGUUCGGUCGAGGAGAAGAUUGGGUUGAUGACGGAGAUGUUGAGGCCCCUCAGGCAUGGUGCGGCCUCCAAAAUCGACGGUCUCACUGCUGGUGAAAGCGGUCUUUGGUCACCCCGGGCGUACGGAAUCAUUGGCAGUGAUGCCUCCAAGGUGUCUUUCUGGAAGGAGUGGCUCAGGGCUAUUGUCGUGCCCAUGACGGAUGGUGCUGUUCUUCGGGUACCUCCGAGCUCCCCGAGGGUGGGCAGAUGGCAGCCCCUGGAGCGAUAUGUCGUCAACCUAUGCACCGAGGCGUUCAGUCCAAUAAGCUCCAAGACGCAGGUUGAGCUGGGCGUAAGAGAGCUGCGGCUGUACGCCCGCAAUGAAGCUGACAACGAGCUUCCAGGCUCACGAAGCACCGAUCUAUACGCGCUGUUCCGCUGCCUGUCUUUGGAUAACAUUGUGGCACUGUUCGAGUAUGCCAUGUCGGAAUCUCGCAUCAUCUUUGUGUCGCAACAUACAGCAAUGCUUCACCUUGCAUGUCACGCUCUCGUCAGCUUGCUGUACCCACUGAAAUGGGCUAGUGUCUUUAUUCCAGUGCUGCCAGCUCGCCUUCUCCAAGCUCUCGAUGCUCCCUGUCCUUACAUAGUUGGCAUCGAGAAACGCUACGAGAAUAUCCAGCUGCCCGACGAUGAUUACGUCCUCGUGGACCUUGACAAGGACACGAUAGACGCGACUGCUCAGCCGACGCGUCUGCCUCGUCAACAUCGCCGCAAACUAUUUGCGCUAUUGCAGGUGGCUGCUGCACAUCGCUUGAGGUACGGCGUCGAGCCAGGACCUCCCCCAUAUGCCAUCGAAGCUUUCCCAUACGAUAGCUUCUCGGUCGAGAACCAAUCCCUAUUCACCUCGACGCCACCCAAGUCAAGUCUGGGCCGGUGGGUGUCGCAGAACUCGGCAACUUUCGGCGAGCCUGACCUAUCCAACCCACCGCAACCUCCUCUUUUCAACGCCUUCCUUCGCUCCAAACACGAGCAGGGCCGAUCCGAACGACCGACGACCCCAAUGUCAACUAGGACCAGUCCGCCUGCAUCACUGUCCCCGAUUUCCAUGAAUUUUCCACCAAUGCCCACAACGCCCGUUUCUCGCAGCGACUCGGGCUUUGCAGCCGGGCCAACAACGCUUCGUGAAAAGCGCUCGACCCAUUUUGAUGACCGCUCUAGGCGUAGCUCUUCAUAUGGGCUGGAUGGCAGGAACGGUGGCGUCCUCCACAAGCCCAGCUUGCCAGUUCUCAACGGAGGUCACAACCCGAGCCUGUCGGUAUCGGCCAUCAGUAUUGACUCACAAUCGUCCUACGGAGGCCCUGGUAUCGGGUACGCACCAUCAACGUACGCGCAGAGUACCAUUGCGGCCAGCACUGUCAUGCCACAGAUGCUGGUGCAACCAGUGACAAGCACUGACACGACAGUGUGGGUUGAGGGUCACUGCUUUAACUGGACGCCUCGUGCAUCCACAUCGACUAUGUGCGACGUUUGUGACGAGAGGUGCGAGAGCGACGACACUUUCAAGUGUGCAGGAUGUGGUUGCAUUUCCCACGGGAGAUGCCUGGGCGUUGCCUGCCUCGUCUGCCCGAUUGCGUUUGACGCCGAGAGGGUUCGCGCUGCCUUUGUCCGCUGCCUGGCAAGUUUGCUGUACACAUACCGCAAACAUCUCGGGCGGCCAAGCAGGGAGCAGAAAGCGAAUGGUCAGCUGUAUGCGUUCGACAUGGCUGGAUUCAUCAGGAGCUUGCCUUAUGAUCAACAGGAUUAUGCCGUUAUGAUGAGGGAUACGCAAGCUUUUAACGAGUUCGUUCAUGAACGCGAACGCUCUUCGCCGAGUAACCCCCAAAUUCGGCUCUUUGACGAAAUCCUCCUUGCCAAGAAGGCGCGCGGCAGGCCGACCAUGGGGACGUUGUCGCGACUCUCGACGAUCCGUGUCUCGCACGGGGCUUCGCUGGGAUCCCAUAGCACGCCGGGUAGGCUGACCAAGGUCGCGGGCUACCUGGGCGACACGUCGGACCACAUAUGGCGGACGGCAUCUGUGCCGUUUCCUAACGCCAAGUUCCCUGGCGACUACCGGUCCGUCAUCACACGGGUGCCAACCAAGCUGGACCCGACUCUAAUGAAGGAGCCGAGGGCGAUUCAAGGCGUGCCGAGGGCUGAGCAAGGAGGCAGGAGAGGUCUUGUGCGGAAGCAGGUGCCUAGUACGCUCAAUGCCACGGCUGCCAGCCCGGUCUGACGGAUUAUAGCUAGCUGUAAGAUAUGUUUUAGACGCACGGGGAACAAACAGGAUGAAAGCAUGACGACGAGCAAGAACGGGGAAGGAUAAUAAUAUUUAUUACCCAUCUAUGUACAUUGGUAUUUUCUUUUUUUUUCUGUCUUUUUUUCUGUGGGAAAGAAAUGAGGCGAUAAUCAUGGUUUUCUUUUUGCAUAAACCAUGCAGAAAAAAGAACCCCUUGGAUUGUGUCCGGGGUUGGAUGUCCUAGCAGUACCUUGCCUGGUAUACUAAACUAAAUAAGGCUGAGACGAAUUGGGAGGAAUAUCAGACCCCCUUUUGCCGGGGUGGAAUGAAUGAAGAGUCUACAAUGCCUAGCGAACGAAAACUCAUUUAGCCAUGUUGCGUG